AUGGUCGAGCAGCAGACGGACAAGGAUAAACGACUCGGCAUCACUUGGUACAACCUGAUUGUCAAGGGCAUUGCAACGGACGCAGCAUUUCAUGAUAAUGUCGGCAGCCAAUUCAAUAUUCCUGCGCGUGUCAAGGGAAGCCGGGCAAAGCCCCUGCUUAGAACAAUCAUUGACAACAGUCAUGGUUGUGUCAAGCCGGGAGAGAUGCUCCUGGUACUCGGGCGACCAGGAGCAGGCUGCACUUCCCUACUGAAGAUCCUAGCGAACCGGAGAUUGGGAUACGCCCAGGUUACUGGCGAGGUAAGGUAUGGAUCAAUGACUGCCGACGAAGCAAAGCCAUACAGAGGGCAGAUCGUCAUGAACACCGAGGAAGAACUGUUUUUUCCCACCCUGACAGUGCAGCAAACCAUCGACUUUGCAACCCGUAUGAAGGUACCACACCAUCUCCACUCUAAUUCCACCAAGGCGAGGUUCCAACAGUUCAAUCGCGAUUUUCUCCUGCGCUCCAUGGGCAUCGAACACACUCGCGACACCAAGGUUGGAAACGAGUUUGUUCGUGGUAUCUCGGGAGGCGAGCGGAAGCGUGUUUCCAUCAUUGAGACCAUGGCAACAAGGGGAUCUGUGUUCUGCUGGGAUAAUUCUACCAGGGGUCUCGAUGCCUCGACAGCCAUGGAGUACAUACGAUGCAUGAGAGCAAUGACUGAAGUCCUCGGCUUGAGCUCUAUCGUGACACUUUACCAAGCGGGCAACGGCAUUUACGACCUCUUCGACAAGGUUCUCAUCCUGGAUGAAGGAAAGCAGACCUUCUACGGCCCAUUGCAUCAAGCAAAGCCUUUUAUGGAGGAGCUGGGCUUUCUUUACUCCGAUGGAGCAAACAUCGCCGAUUACCUGACCAGCGUCACUGUUCCUACCGAGCGACGGGUUAAACCCGACAUGGAGAGUCGCUAUCCUCGAAACGCCGAAGAACUUCGCUCGUAUUAUGAAGCAACGCAACUGAAGCGUAAAAUGGCAUUGGAAUACAACUAUCCAAUCUCAGCAGAGGCUGCCGAGGCGACGAAAAACUUUCAAGAAGCCGUUCACUCCGAAAAAAGCCCUGCCCUUUCCAGGAGAUCGCCGCUCACUGUCAGCUUCUCUACGCAAGUCAAAUCGGCAGUGAUCAGACAGUAUCAGCUGCUGUGGGGUGAUAAAGUCACAUUUCUCAUCCCUCAGGGUUUGAACUUCGUCCAAGCUCUCAUUACCGGUUCUUUAUUCUACAAUGCUCCCAAAAACUCUUCGGGGCUGCCCUUCAAAAGCGGGUCUCUCUUCUUCGCCAUAUUGUUGAAUUCGCUGCUCUCCAUGAGCGAGGUGACCAACUCCUUUGCAGCACGUCCCGUUUUAGCAAAGCACCGUGGCUUCGCUCUCAACCAUCCUGCCGCCUUUUGCUUCGCUCAGAUCGCUGCCGAUGUACCACUUAUCCUCACGCAGGUCACGCUGUUCGCUCUGCCAGUCUACUGGAUGACUGGUCUCAAGGCUACAGGUGAAGCUUUCAUGAUUUAUUGGAUCACCACAAUCUCCGUGACAAUGUGUAUGACGGCCCUGUUUCGCGCCAUAGGCGCCGCCUUCUCGAGCUUUGAUGCCGCCUCCAAAGUAUCCGGUUUCCUAAUGUCGGCACUCAUCAUGUAUACAGGCUUCUUGCUUCCGAAACCCAGCAUGCAUCCAUGGUUUUCCUGGAUAUUCUGGAUCAAUCCAUUGGCUUACGGCUACGAGGCGAUCCUUAGCAACGAGUUUCACGGGCAGCUAAUACCUUGUGUCAACAACAAUUUGGUUCCGAACGGCCCUGGCUACACCAAUUCAGAAUUCCAGGCGUGCACAGGAAUUCGCGGUGUCCCCGCGGGUGCUUCUGUCAUCACUGGCGAUCAGUACCUGCAAGGGCUGUCAUAUAGCCAUGCUCACGUCUGGCGCAACUUCGGCAUCAUGUGGGCGUGGUGGGUCUUAUUCGUCAUUCUGACUGUCUACUUCACAAGCAACUGGAGCCAAGUGUCUGGAAACAGUGGCUACUUGGUCAUUCCUCGUGAAAAGGCAAAGAAGACGAAGCAUCUCACAAUGGACGAGGAAGCUCAGCCUGGACUUGACUUGCACGACUCGAGCCAUCGAGGUGGAACUUCUCCCAUCGAUGAUGAGAAGGGAAGCCAUACAAAUAGUUCCUCUAAAGUCGAUGCUCAGCUUAUACGCAACACAUCCAUCUUUACGUGGAAGGGUCUCUCGUAUACCGUGAAGACACCAUCAGGCGAUCGCGUCCUCCUAGACAAUGUUCAGGGUUGGGUCAAGCCCGGCAUGCUCGGCGCCUUGAUGGGUUCUUCAGGAGCAGGCAAGACAACUCUGUUAGAUGUGCUUGCCCAGCGUAAGACAGAAGGUACAAUUAGGGGAAGCAUCUUGGUUGAUGGGAGAGACCUCCCCGUCUCCUUCCAGCGCUCUGCAGGGUACUGUGAGCAACUCGACGUCCACGAGCCACUUUCCACCGUUCGAGAGGCCUUGGAGUUUUCGGCUUUGUUGAGACAGAGCAGAGACACGCCAGUAGUACAAAAGUUGAAGUAUGUCGACACUAUUAUCGAUCUUUUGGAAAUGCACGACAUUGAGAAUACUCUUAUUGGCACAACUGCUGCUGGCCUCUCAGUGGAGCAACGCAAGCGGCUUACUAUCGGCGUUGAGCUUGUUUCUAAGCCCAGCAUCUUGAUUUUCCUCGAUGAGCCCUCCAGUGGAUUGGAUGGACAGGCUGCGUUCAACAUUGUUCGUUUUCUUCGGAAACUUGCAGACGUCGGACAGGCUGUCCUUGUCACCAUCCAUCAGCCCUCAGCUUCCCUGUUUGCUCAGUUCGACACACUACUUCUGUUAGCCAAGGGUGGCAAAACUGUAUACUUUGGUGAUAUUGGUCAUAACGGCGCAACUGUCAAGGAGUACUUCGGCCGUAAUGGAGCUCCUUGCCCUCAGAAUACCAACCCGGCUGAGCACAUGAUUGAUGUCGUCUCCGGAAGUCUCAGCGUAGGGAAGGACUGGAAUGAAGUCUGGCUCACCAGCCCAGAGUACACUGCGAUGACCCAGGAGCUUGACCGUAUUAUCAUGGAGGCCGCAUCGAAACCCCCGGGCACCCUUGACGACGGUCACGAAUUCGCAACGCCUAUCUGGACGCAAUUAAAGCUCGUCACGAACCGGAACAAUGCUUCACUCUGGCGUAACACGGAUUACAUCAACAACAAAUUCAUGCUUCACGUCAUCUCAGGCCUCUUAAAUGGCUUUUCUUUUUGGAAACUAGGCAACUCAGUCGCCGAUCUACAGAUGCGCCUUUUCACCAUCUUUAACUUCAUCUUCGUCGCACCAGGAGUCAUGGCCCAGCUACAGCCCCUCUUCUUGGAACGGCGCGACAUCUAUGAGGCUCGUGAGAAGAAGAGUAAGAUGUACCACUGGUCUGCCUUCGCCACGGGCCUGGUAGUCUCAGAGCUUCCCUACCUUGUCCUCUGCGCAGUUCUGUACUACGUGACCUGGUACUACACCGUCGGCUUCCCCAGUGGCAGCGACAAAGCCGGCGCCGUUUUCUUCGUCAUGCUCAUGUACGAGUUUAUCUACACGGGAAUCGGCCAAGCUAUCGCGGUAUAUGCGCCUAACGCUGUCUUUGCUAUUCUGGUCAAUCCACUUGUUAUUGGAAUCUUGGUGUUUUUUUGUGGCGUCUACGUUCCCUAUUCACAAAUCCAUGAGGUCUGGCGAUACUGGCUCUACUACCUGAACCCUUUCAACUACCUCAUGGGUUCCAUGCUUGUCUUCACAACGUUCGAUGCGCCAGUUCACUGCGAAAGGAGCGAACUUGCUGUCUUCAAUACGCCGGACGGCCAGACUUGUGGAGAGUACCUCGCCGAUUACAUGCAGGGUCUUGGAUCGAGAACCAACCUACUCAAUCCAAACGAUACGCAAGACUGCAAGGUCUGUCAAUACCGGACAGGAAGCGACUAUCUCUACACCAUAAACCUGAAGGACUACUUUUACGGUUGGAGGGAUGCCGCAAUCGUGGCGCUAUUUGCCGUUUCAAGUUAUGCGUGCGUAUAUGCACUUAUGUGA